GGGACUGAGUAACACUCUCCUUGUGAUGGCCCUCCUGCUCUCUGGUGCUGCUUCCAUGAAGAGUCAAGCAUAUUUCAACAAGACUGGAGAACUGCCAUGCCAUUUUACAAACUCUCAAAACAUAAGCCUGGAUGAGUUGGUAGUAUUUUGGCAGGACCAGAAUAAGCUGGUUCUGUAUGAGCUAUUCAGAGGCAAAGAGAACCCUCAAAAUGUUCAUCCCAAGUAUAAAGGCCGCACAAGCUUUGACAAGGACAAUUGGACCCUGAAACUCCACAACAUUCAGAUCAAGGACAAGGGCUCAUAUCAAUGUUUCAUUCAUUAUAAAGGGCCCAAAGGACUAGUUCCCAUGUACCACAUGAGUUCUGACCUAUCAGUGCUUGCUAACUUCAGUCAACCUGAAAUAAUGGUAACUUCUAAUAGAACAGAAAAUUCUGGCAUCAUAAAUUUGACGUGUUCAUCUGUACAAGGUUACCCAGAACCUAAGGAAAUGUAUUUUAAGCUAAAAACCGAGAAUUCAACUACUAAGUAUGAUACUGCCAUGAAGAAAUCUCAAAAUAAUGUCACAGAACUGUACAGCGUUUCUAUCAGCUUGUCUUUUUCAGUCCCUGAAGCAAGCAAUGUGAGCAUCACCUGUGUCCUGCAACUUGAGUCAAUGGAGCUUCACUCCCUACCUUACAAUAUAGAUGCACAUACGAAACCCCCCCCUGCCCGAGACCCCAUCCUCUGGAUUGCAGCUGUACUUAUAAUGUUGGUCAUUUUGUGUGGGAUGGUGUUGGUGCUCUUUCUAACACUAAGGAAAAGGAAGAAGAAGCAGCCUGGCCCCUCUCAUGAAUGUGAAACGAACAAGGUGGAGAGAAAAGAGAGUGAACAGAACAAGAAAAGAGUACAAGACCAUGUACCUGAAAGAUCUGAUGAAGCUCAGUGUGUUAACAAUUCAGAGACAACUUCAGGCGACAAAAGUACUACACAUUUUUAAUUAAAGAGUAAAGUCCACAUGACCAUCCAUUGUUUAUAUGCCUUCGCUUUCAAAUUUUGGCUUACGUUUUUUCUUGUCCAUUAAUAUCAUUAUUGCCAUUAAUAAUAGCAGGGGCUCCAGGACUCCUUGUAAGUGAGAUGACCUCCCUAUAAUGCCAGUUCUGCUCCCUAUGCCAGGAGCAGAUUUUAACUGCUUCUUUUCAUUUUGGAGCACACUUGUAAGCCAAGCUCACCUGACUGGUUCCUGGCUCAGGACUAAUGUUUAAGACUAACACCUCCUGUUUCAGAUUCAGCCUUCUUUUCUUAAUUUUAUAAAUUGUGUUUUAUGUAGAACUCCCAGUUACUGGAAUAAUGGCUUUUAUCUAUGCUUAAUUCUAAAACAGCACCUCAUUCCAUCUUGUAUAUUUGUGACUACCUCUUCAGUCUGGGUGGGAGUUAUGUAUGUUAUGGCUUUAUAGUGUUGUUAUUAAUAUUUUGAAACAUAAAGAGAUGUGUACUAUAAUAAUGUAAUUACUAUGCCCUGAGAAAAUUUACCCACGUCUCUGUGAGGGUCAGUAGGAAAAUGGUGGCUUGGUGUGCUGACAACAAUGAGCAGACCAACUCAAAAUUUGGAAAAUUAGGAAUGAUGGAGAUAGAACCAGCUCUGAAUCCUGGAGCCACUUCUAUCUGGGCUGCUGCUAAUCUGAGGAGGAUCCACCUGUCCAACAAGCUAUUGAUAAGCCUUAGCAGAGAGCACUGUGUAAAGCAGGAAAGCACUAUGCACUGUGAACCCUACUUCUCUUCUUGAAAGAAGUGACUGAGAUGAUGGCCCAGGGCAAUUGUUCAAGAGCCAACAUGAGAGAUCACAAUACUCAAAAGAGA